AUGGAUUCUUUGAAAUUACCAAAUACAGCAGCACAAGCUAAAGUAUUUACAGCUCCAAAUUCAUUAUUAUUCCCAAAAGGUUUAGAUGAAGAAGAAGGAAAAGAAAAUAUAAAAAAAGAACAAGCACAAAAUUCAGAUAUAAUAGAACCAAAACAAGAUGAAGAUGAUGGUGCUACAUCAGGUAUAGUACCAACUUUACAAAAUAUAGUAGCAACAGUAAAUUUAGAUUGUCGAUUAGAUUUAAAAACUAUAGCAUUACAUGCAAGAAAUGCAGAAUAUAAUCCAAAACGUUUUGCUGCUGUUAUAAUGCGAAUAAGAGAUCCAAAAACAACUGCUUUAAUUUUUGCAAGUGGUAAAAUGGUUGUUACAGGUGCAAAAUCUGAAGAUGAUUCAAAAUUAGCUUCAAGAAAAUAUGCAAGAAUUAUCCAAAAAUUAGGUUUUAAUGCAAAAUUUACUGAUUUUAAAAUUCAAAAUAUUGUUGGUUCAUGUGAUGUUAAAUUUCCAAUAAGAUUAGAAGGUUUAGCUUUUAGUCAUGGUACUUUCUCUUCUUAUGAACCUGAAUUAUUUCCUGGAUUAAUUUAUAGAAUGGUUAAACCAAAAAUUGUUUUAUUAAUUUUUGUUUCUGGAAAAAUUGUUUUAACUGGUGCAAAACAAAGAGAAGAAAUUUAUGCUGCUUUUGAAGCUAUAUAUCCUGUACUUAAUGAAUUUAGAAAAUCAUAA